AUGCCACAGACUGACAUCGUCUACAAACUGCCCGUCGAAAUUUGGGAGCAAAUCUUCAACUACCUUUGCCAUCGUUCAUUCGUCCAAGGUGACACCGGGAUAGAUGGGAUAGAGGAUAUCGACCUAUUCAAGACAAAAGUGCCUCUUUUCCUACGCCUAGGGGUUGCAAGAACAUAUAUCUCGCUCACUUGCCGCUAUUUCCGAGACAUUUUGCAACCUGCCCGAAACCAACUCGCAAUCAUCGAAUGCCAACCAACAGUCAUCGUCACAACAAUAGCCGGACAUCCAGCUUGGGAGGCGGAGCGUUUAGAAGGCUUGAAUCCCUACCCCUCAUAUGAUAAGACUAUCGGCUCAGUCGUCAACUGGCCAUCUGCCUGGUUGACACAAUCUUGGCCACUUUUACAGUCCCUCGUAUUGGACCCAAACUUUCCUUUCAAUCCCAUUCCCAUACUUUCGCGCGCUCCAAAUUUGCGAUUGCUUUCCUGCAGGCUGGAGACGACUCGCGCAGAAAACGGGAAUAUAUACCCACUCCUCCAUCAUCCCCAACUCAAGCGGCUCACUCAUCUCUCUCUAUGCCUCAACGACUGGCAGCUGAUCAAUUCCCCACUCCCAAAGCUCAUACUUCCGUUUCUCAUCGUAUUUCAACUUCGCUUCCAGACCUUUGAUCGAUCCUCUGGUACCGGGACGGCUCUAUUAAACCUCAUACCUUGGAAACUUCCUAUUUUAAGAACAUUUUCUCUGCAGGGCAAGAUCGAUAUGGCAACUCAUCACCAGUUGCAGCCAUUCCUCGAUCGGCAUGCGUCCAUUGUCGUCAACUUUGUCAACAAUCUAACGUCCUUGAGCCACCGUAAGACUCUGUAUAUGAUGCUACUUCACUUCUAUCGGCUGCAGGUUUACAGCGUUGAUGUAGAUUGCAUCUUGCGCGAGGACAUCUGUGUUAGUCAGAGUACAUCCCCCGAAAUGCAGCGCGAGUCCCCCACUCUCCUACUCACGGGUAUUUGUACUCCUUCCAUCCAAAAAAUUCCGUUCUUUCACUUCGCAUCAGCCGCAAGACGUAUUGUACCGAACUUUAAUACACUAACGCGUGUCAUGCUAGGCGAGUCAUGGCGCAAUAUCCGACACAUGCACAAUCAACCUGACAGAUCAGAUGUCGACUUCAAGGACAAACUUAUGGCGCUUUUGGUCGGAUUUCAAAAGUAUGGAAUCGUCGUUGUGGAUAUUCAUGGCGUAAAGAUGCCUCGUGGAUCCUCCGAUUGGUUGGAGAAGUAA